UAAAAAAUACAAAAAAAAUCUUCCUUAGUUUUCUUUUUCUUUUGGUGAAGAUCAGAUACAUCAGAAAUAUGGCUGAGGCGAUCGUUUCUAUGGUGCUUGAAGGCUUCAAAAGCCUCCUUGUGAACGAAGCCAAGUCCUUGAGGGGAGUCAGUGAUCAGUUUGAGCAUGCACAGAUCGAACUCUACUUGAUGCGGGGCUACCUGAAAGAUGCAGAUGCAAAACAAGGAGACGAUGAAUUAGUACGUAUUUGGGUUGGUAUUAUUAGAGAUGCUGCUUAUGAUCUGGAGGAUAUCAUUGAAUCCUUUGUCUUGAAAGUGGCUGCUAGGAGGAAAAGAAGUAUUAAGCUUGUUCUGAAAAGGUAUGCUUGUAUCUUGAGUGAAGGAAUUAAUCGUCACAAGAUAGGGUCGGAGAUUGAGAACAUUGCGACCAAACUUUCUAAGCUGAAAUCGAGCUUAGAAGGUUAUAGCAUAGCAAGGCAAAUAGGGGGGAGUUUAAGUGCUACUUCUUUUGAGAGGCAACAAGAUUAUCGGUUAACUUAUUCUCAUGUUGUUGAACAUCAUUUUGUUGAGUUAAAGGAAGAGAUUGACCUGUUGGCCGAAAAUUUGGUUAAAAAAAAUUACCAAAUUGUUUCUAUUUGGGGGAUGGGCGGUUUGGGGAAGACCACCCUUGCAAAACAUCUUAAUAAUCAUAAGGAUGUUAGGGCUGAAUUUGAUUGUUUUGCUUGGGUAUGUGUAACUCAACAAUUUCAAAAGGAAGAUGUGUGGAAGAAGAUUUUGGUUCAACUUACAUCUGAUGCCGACAAGGACAAAAUUGAAAAAAUGGAGACGGAUGAAAUUGCAGGGGAGCUUUGUGUACUGCAACGAAAGAAGAAAUGUUUAGUGGUUCUUGAUGACAUGUGGACUCGUGAUGCAUGGAAAUCUUUAAGAGCUGGAUUUCCAAUGAACGAGGGAACAGGAAGUCGAGUACUCAUCACCACUCGCAACAAAGAAGUUGUUUCGGAGGCGCAUGAAAGUGUUUACUUGCAUCAAAUUCGGCCCCUGAAUGAUGCUGAAAGCUGGGAACUAUUCAAGAAGAUAGUAACGUUUGGAAGAGAUAACACAAACUCGGAAGACGAUAGAAAGAAGGAAAAACUAGGGGAGGAGAUGCUGAAACAUUGCGCAGGUUCGCCAUUGGCUAUCGUCGUGCUUGCAGGACUUCUAGCUAGAAAAGAAACAGUUGAAGAUUGGAAGACUGUGCAAAAGAAUGUUGGCGCAUAUAUAGGGAGAGGCACAGACCUUGAAUCACGGUACAAAGGUGAAAAUAGUGAAGGUACCUCACGUGUAUUGGCAUUGAGCUAUGAGAGCUUACCAUAUCAUUUAAAACCGUGCUUCCUAUAUUUGGGUCAUUUUCCCGAAGAUCGUGAGAUACCGAUGAAAAGAUUGAUUCAAUUGUGGAUUGCAGAAGGUUUUAUCUAUUCAGCAUCUGGAGAAUUGUUGGAAGAUGUAGCAUACAAUUGCUUAAACGAGUUGGUCAUAAGAUGUAUGGUUCAAGUUGGACAUCGCGGUUCAACCAAUAAGAUUAAAUCUUGUCGCCUCCAUGAUCUUAUGCGAGAUUUGUGCUUGUUAAAGGCGAAACAUGAGAAUUUCGUCCAUAUUUCAGAUUCUUUUGCCAGGGCAACCCCAGUAUCACCAAGUGGUAAAGUUCGAAGACAUGUCAUCUAUUUAGACAAAAUACGUGACAUAUUAACUCCCCCAACGGAUGCUCAACUUAGGUCUUUGUUAUACUUUACGUCAGAAUACCGAGGAGUGAUUUUGCAAGGAAAACCAAUUCGACCAAGGUUCCAGGAUUUCAAAUUGCUUAGAGUUUUGAGUUUGGAAGAGUUUGAAAGAAAAGUAGAGUUACCGAGCACAAUUGGGAAUCUAGUGCACUUGAGGUUUUUUAGUCUCAAUGGUUGUUUCGUAACACGAUUUCCAUCAUCUAUGUCUAAGUUGGUAUGUUUGCAAACUCUAGAUUUACGUUGUUUGGGCUUUGGCAGGAAAAGGCGUCUCAGAAAUCUGCACAAUGUGAUUCGACAUUUGGGACAAUUGAGACAUUUAUAUUUACCAGCUAUAUGGUUCAGAGAGGCAGAGAAGAGAGUCUUGCCAUUGGCUACUCUUGGAAAUUUGCAGACAUUAGUCAAUGUUUCGAACUACGAUAGUGGUUUGAGUGAUCUUACUGGAUUGGCCAGUCUUAGGAAAAUGUCCAUCGUUAUAGUAAAACUGAAAUAUGAGAUGAAAAUCAUUGAUUCUGAAAGCAUACGAUCCAACCAUGUUCAGUCUCUGUCUCUGUCUCUGAGAUCUUCAACUAAGGUAGAGGUUUUGGUAAGGAUUCUACUAAGCUGUCGUAAUAUAUACAAGCUGAAACUUCAAGGGCGAAUUGCAGAGUUACCGAAAGACCUGCUGGACUAUCCAAACCUGACCAAGAUAAAGCUUUACAGAGCUUCUUGCAUGGACGAGCACAUAAAACUACUAGAGCAGCUGCCGCAUUUGAAAUUUCUUACGCUUCAGGACGUCACUUUGGAGAAUCCAAUACUUGUCUUCUCCAAACAAGGCUUUCCUUGUCUCGAAUUUCUUUCCAUUUCUAUGAUAUCUCAACUAAAGGAGUGGAGGGUGGAACAAGGAGCCAUGAAUUGCCUCCGUAGAUUGCAAGUUAUAUGGUGUCCACAGUUGAAGGAAGUUCCAGAUGGGCUUCGAUUUAUUGGAAAACUCGAGGAAUUGAGCAUCAGGAUGCCCCGUGAAUUCUGUAGUGCACUUCGGAAAGGAGGAAAGGAUUUUGACAAGAUCAAACAUGUUGCUUCUGUUAACUUGGACAGUGAACGAUACUGAUUAGCAGAUGCCUCCAUCUCACAAAAUAAGAUCCGAGCGAAACAAGAGACCGGAUUGGGAGCAGUUCAGUUCUGAGGAAUCUACAGCGGAUGCUGUGUGAGAUUGACUUUGUUCUUCUACCAGUUGUGUAUGAAACAUCUUUUAUUUCUUUGUUGAUUUGUUAUAUUAAACAUAUAGCUCGUGAUGAUCAGCUGCUUCUAAGGAAAUAGUCGAAUAAAAGUUAUGGAUAAUAAUGUGAAUGAUUGUGAGCCUCUUCAUCCAUUGCCAAUCGGUUUUGAAUUGAUGCUCGCAGUCUAAUAGUAUUUAAUUGUUUAUGUUUCACAAUAUAUGUGGUUUAAUCUACGUUUGUACAUAAAUAAUUAUGCAUUCUAUG